CCAUGUGGACUUUUUAUUUUGAUUCAAGGGAACAGAUAAAAAAAUACAAACCGCCGUCGACGGAGAACACCGAGCGGGAUUUCAUUGCUCAGUACACCAAGAAGAUUGAAGAGGCCAAAGGCGAGCCCGAUCCAACGUUUCAAUACCGCUACCUGGUCGGAAACGUGAAAGACAUACUCAUGGCGGGCUCGUUCAGCCCGACUUCUACCAUGUACUGGCACUUUCUGAAUUUCGCCGUGAACCAGGAUACUAUUCAGGCUCGUGUGCAGCAAGAAAUCGACGAAGUAAUUGGUCAGCACAGGGAGCCAACGUGGGAAGACAGGAACCGAAUGCCAUACACUCAGGCUUGCCUGUGGGAGAUGGGACGGUGGAAAACCGGAACACCCCUUGGAGUGGCCAGAGAAGCAAGCGACGACAUCGUGGAGGAUGAUAUCUUUAUACCCAAGGGGACCGUCAUUAUUUUCAAUCUUUGGGCUGCACACAAUGACCCCACGUACUGGAAGGAGCCCCAUAGGUUUGACCCAGAUAGAUUUCUUAACGAAGACGGAUCAAUCCUGCAAGAAAAACCUCUGCACCUGAUGCCAUUUUCAGUCGGGCGCAGGUCGUGUCCCGGGAAUACUUUCGCCUCGAUGGAAAUAUUUCUACUUCUGACUUUUGUGCUUCAAAAAUUCCACAUAGCCCUAGAACAACCACUGCAGCAAGACAUAAAUAAUCCGGGCCUGACAUUACGUGAUUUGAAGCAUUUGAAAUUUCGGUUCUUACCACGUCACUAAAUCCAAAACCGUACAUUUACACUUCGCCGCUUGCAAUCUCUUCACACAUAUCUUUCAGUAUGAGCAUGAGGUUUUUGUAAGACGUCGACAUCGCAUGGAGACCACGAUCCGAUACAAAUAAGUUAAAAUUUGGCAAAUCUUUCAUUAAUAUAAAAAGCGUUCCUUUAAACCCCCAGCACGAUAUAAGAAAAAUUAUGAGGUUGCAAUUUGAGCUGCAGGUUUUCAUUUUAGUUCACAAAUGUACCGUAAAUAUUGUUUUUUUUACAAAUGGUCAUGGCGGGGAGAGCUUAAAAAAGGAGACGCAACAAGCAAUGUCUAAAACAAAAUCUAGAGUGUUUCUCACUUGUAACACUUUUCAAAAAGCCUACACAUUUUUCGAAAAUUACGUCACAAAAGAAUAAUCAUUUGCCCAAGCGGAUAUCGUUUGUACGAAGAACUAAAGAAUAAAUUCCGCUAAAUAAACCAAA